CAAAGCUUUGGUCACACUGUUCCCAAUGUUAUUGCAAAAAAAAUUGUGAAAAACGACAUUUAAUAUGAGAAAUAUGUUUACAAAUUAGUCCGCCAGGACCGUAGCAGGUGCAAAAAUGAGUCUCAAUCUGGGUGGCUGGAUCCACAGCUUCACCGUGACGGACACGCAGGAGCAUAAGGGGGGCUACACGAUCUACAAAAUCACCUCGAUUGUCUUCCCGAGGUCAAUACCUCAAGCUCUGACCUGCCUGGUGGUGUGGAAGCGAUUCCACGACGUGAAGAGGCUGCAUCGCGAGCUGAGCCGGCGGCACAAGAGCCUCCAGCUGCCCGGUAAGAUACCCGUGCCCACUGACAGCUCAUACUUCAAGCGAUUCGAUGCGGUGGUCAUCCAGCGGCGCAAGGAGUACAUCCUUCAGCUUCUGGACUUUGCUGCACAACAUCCGGCGCUAUACAAGUGCUCCACCUUCACGCAGUUCUUCCAAGAGACGCCCUCUCCAAAUGGAUCACCGCUAAAGAAGCUGUACGUUGAGCGAUCCCUGCGUCUACAAACGUCGGAGAGUAGCUGCAGUCGAGGAGCAUGUGAAGCGGGAACAGGAGCUGGAGCCAUAUCCGACAUUUGCGAUAAACUGGAUUUGCUCUAUGAUCCGCACGAUGCGGGAGGCAUUACGCCUCUGGAUCCGCGUUGCGAUAAGGAACAAUCAAACAACGAUGAAUCCCAAGCCAAGAAAACUAUAAACAAAAUGGAAACGAAACCGGAACUUAAACCGGAAGAGGCCCCUUCCAAGCGGGACUACCUCCGCCUACUUACGCCCAUGGCCUCCAUAGAAAGCGAUGACAGCGACUACAUCUACGAGGCAGCCCUGGAGUUCAGUCACGCCGUUCAAGCGGAAGUCAAUCUAGAGUACGCCGAAGCCCACGAGCGCUACAAGCAUGGUGUUGACUUACUGCUAAAUGGAGCCAAGCAGGAUGCCAACGAAGAGCGAAAGUUUAUAGCCAAAGCCAAAAUAGCCAAGUAUUUGGCACGGGCCGAAGAGAUACACGCCAACUUUUUGGCCAACAAUUGUCCCACGAAGAAGCUGCAGUUCCAGCUUUCACUGGACAUGACAGACGGCGGAAGUGUGACCCAGUUGGAGUGCCCCUGGAACCAGUUAGCGCGCUACAAGGUGCUACAGGUGCUCCAAGAGCGGGUGAUGCAAGUGCAGUGUGUGACGAAAUCUCAGCAGCCGGCGGCCAUUAUGAAGGGCAUCGAGAAGCCAGCCAGUCACUCGCUCACCCAAAGCAUAUUUCUGCCCCAGCAGGUACCGUACAUGGUCCAGUUGCUGGCCUACUUCCAGUCGGAGCAGAAGAUCUUUCUGCUGCUGAGGCAGGCGGAGGGCGGUAGGCUGUACGAUUAUCUGCAAACAUACACUCCCACAGGCAGCAAGUGUGUCAAUUACGGGGAGCUUUUCCCCUCGGAUCAGGAGCAGGAUAAUAAGGAAGUGGAGGAACAGCCUCUAACCGCGGAUAGCGAAGUCAGCGAUCUGGUGCGGAGUUCCCAACAACUGUUGAAGUCUGUAACGAACACACUGAGCAACCUGCAAGCUGGAGUUGUCACGCCCAAAAAACAAAAGCCAGAUGUAAAGCGCACUCGCAGUAAACAAAUUCCAGAGCAGUGUCUGCGCCAGUGGGCCUGCGAACUGGCCAUUGCGAUACACAGUCUGCAUGGCAAGGGCGUGAUCCUGCGGGAUCUGCAUAUGUCCAACAUAUUGCUGGGCGCCAAGGGUCAACUGCUACUCACAUAUUUUUACCAGAACGAAGGUCUAAGCUCGGAUGACAACUACGUUCACAAGGCUCUUAGUUUGGAGGCGUUGGCCAAUCACUUUGUUGCUCCAGAGAGACCUCUGAGCUUCCGUUCGGACUGGUGGAGCUAUGGCGUGGUGCUCUAUCAGCUCCUCCUGGGAGUGCCUUACAAAGCCACACAUCCAGGGCAGCUGGAACUUUAUGGUUGUGUUCAGUAUCCCAGUGAGUCCCUGGAUUUCUCCGAUCAUGCUAAGGACUUGCUGGAGCAGCUGCUGCAGCUAACGCCGGAGUUUCGUUUGGACUACGACCAAUUGCAAACACAUCCCUUUUUCAAGGGAAUAGAUUGGCAAGCAGUUUUGGAACAGGGAACUGUGACCACGUGAAAUUGACGUAUUUUUGCUUUGACCUGAAGUUAUUUUUGCUAAUGAAUCUUAUAGGCUAUAAACUUUAUUGUAUGUAUUUUUUUAUUUCUUGUACCUGAUCAAACUAACAGGAUAAUUAAGUUAGGUUUUUUUUUGUCAUUAUUGAGUCUCGACUUUGGAUUGAUUUUCUUUCUUUAAACGAAUAUUUAAUCCCUCACAAGCGACUAUUUACUAUCCUUGCUUCGAAUAUGACAACAAAUUAAAGGAUUGCCAAAAAGUUUCCCCUU